GACGAGGAUAAGGACCUGGAGCUGCAGCCAGUGCCCACAGCACACCUCGUCAACAAUGCCAUCGACACCUUCUCGUGGCGCGACAUGCGCGUCGUCGUCAAGGACCGCGAGACCGGUCAGCCCAUCGACAUCCUGGCCGAGGCCUCGGGUCUGGUCCGCGCCGGGGAGAUGCUGGCCAUCAUGGGCCCCAGCGGCUCCGGAAAGACGACCCUCCUCAACACCCUGUCGCGGAGGACGGCAGCUGCCGGCGCCACCACCACGGGCCAGGUCAUGGCCAACGACAGCGAGGCUACCCCUGCCCUUGUCAGGACCCUGACAUCCUACGUAGAGCAGGAGGAUGCGCUCAUCGGUAGCAUCACUGUUCGUGAGACGGUCAUUUUCGCCGCUAGGUUGGCAUUUCCGAGCAACGUUACGCGCAAGGAUGCCCUUGCCCGAGUCGACGAGCUCAUCUCCAGCUUCGGACUCCAGUCCCAGGCCCAUACCAUUGUGGGUACGCCGCUGAGGAAGGGCCUUAGCGGAGGCCAGAAGAAGCGUCUGGGCAUAUGCAGCCGUCUGGUGACGAAUCCAAAGGUCCUCUUCCUCGACGAGCCCACCAGCGGCUUGGACUCGGCCCUGAGCUCCGAGGUGAUGCGCUACAUAAAGGAAGUCGGCAUGCGGAACCGGCUCGUCGUCGUCGCCUCGAUCCAUCAGCCCUCCACGACGACGUAUCAGCUCUUUGACAAGCUGGCGCUCAUGUCCCGCGGGAGGACAUGCUACUUUGGCAGCGUGCGCGACGCGCCCUCGUACUUUGGCGGAGCCGGACACCCGCUCCCCCCGGCCAUCAACCCGGCCGAGUUCCUCCUCGACCUUAUCAACACGGACCUGGACCGGGACGGCAGCGUGGUGGCCCGCACGGACGACCUGGUAGGCAGGUGGUCCCAGUCCGCCGAGCGACGCGCCCUGAGCGCAUCCAUCUCCGAGGCCACCACCACCACCACCACCACCACCUCGGCCCUCGCGCUACCGGGUGAACGGACGGACCUGUCGCGCACGUCUCUCCCCGGACCGAGCGCGUGGAUGGUCCCGGUGACGCUGAUGCACCGGUCCCUGCUCAAGGCGUACCGCGACGUGUUCGUGUACGGCAUCCGCGUGGCAAUGUACCUCGGGCUGGCCGUCCUGAUGGGCACCGUGUUCCUGCGCUUUGGGUCGGACCAGAGGUACGUGCAGCCGCUGACCAAUUCCAUCUUCUUCGGGGGCGCCUUCAUGUCCUUCAUGUCGGUGGCGUACGUGCCCGCGCUGCUGGAGGACCUGCACACCUUUAAGCGUGAGAGGGCCGACGGGCUGGCAGGACCGCUCUCCUUCGUCGCGUCCAGCUUCGCCGUCGGCCUGCCCUUCCUGUUCGCCAUCUCCGUGCUCUUCUCCGUCGUGACCUACUGGCUCACCGGGUUCCGCGCCGACGGCGCCGCCUUCAUGACCUACCUCCUCUGGCUCUUCCUCGACCUCGUCGCCGCUGAGUCGCUCGUCCUGCUCGUCUCCAGCCUGGCCCCCACCUUCGUCGUCGCCCUCGCCGUCACCGCCUUCGCCAACGGCCUCUGGAUGGUCGUCGACGGCUUCCUCGUCCCCAUGACCAUCCUCAACCCCUUCUGGAAGUACGUCUUCCACUACAUCGACUAUCAGGCCUACGUCUUCCAGGGAAUGAUGGUCAACGAGUUCGACCAUCGCACCUUCGACUGUGCCGCCGUCCCGGGCCAGCCUGACUCCUACCGGUGCAUGUACUCCAGCGACCUCAACUCCCAAGGACAGUUCCGCGGCACCGACGUCCUCCGCUCCCUCGGCAUCGACACCGGUCUCCAGGGUACUUGGCUGGGCAUCAUGGUCGGUAUCAUUGCCGGUUACAGGCUCCUCGGCUACCUCGCUUUGCGAUUUAUCAGAUAG